AACUGGGUGCCUGCGGAGCUCGGUCGCUCCCAGCCCUUCUGGGCAUCACCCCCGCCUGGCGCUUUCGUACCGACGGCUGGGACCCCAGUAGGCGGGUGGUCUAAGAGGAGAGAACCGAGUUACCUGGGCUAACUCACCAGCCCCACCGCGCAGGUGGCUCUGCGCCCACUCUCUGGCAUCACUUAGGGUACACAGCUGGGCUUGGAGGAGUUCGCCCUGAUUUUCACAAGUGCACAUGUGAAUCGAGUCAGGGUGCAUUCAGGGGUUUGGUUUUUGUGAGCUCGCUGUUCUCCAGCUAGACCCACUUCUCAUAUACCCCAAGGCUCUCUUGGGGAGGAGUGUGGGAGAGUGGGACUGGGCGGAAGUUAUGACUAGAGCUGUUGUGAGCACACAUCUUUGAGAACAGUAAAUGCUUUGAAUGUGUACCUUUGAGGUAGGUCUGGAGAAAGAAAGGUCUGAGAAGGGGUGAUCCUGAGAAUGGUGUGCCUGUGUUGGAGGGGGUGGGAACUAACUGCUCAGGCUGUUAAUAUUCAUUCAUUUCUCUGAGAGCUCUUGAGUGUUUUUGGCCCAAGCGACGGUCAUAGUUUAGAAAUGAAUGAAACUCAGGAAGUUAAGGAAGGCCCCCUGUAAGUAGCACCUGGGCUGUCCUACAGGUUGAGUGGAAGUUACCAAGAGUUACCAAGGAGGGCUUCCCCGGUGGCGUAGUGAUUAAGAACCCGCCUGCCAAUACAGGGGACACGGUUCGAGCCCUGGUCCGGGAAGAUCCCACAUGCUGCGGAGCAACUAAGCCCGUGUGCCACAACUACUGAGCCUGAGCUCUAUAGAGCCCAGCCUGCACUCUGCAGAGCCCACAAGCCACAACUACUGAAGCUCAUGCACCUAGAGCCUGUGCUCCACAAGAGAAGCCACCGCAAUGAGAAGCCCGUGCACCGCAACGAUGAGUAGCCCCCGCUUGCCGCAACGAGAGAAAGCCGGCGCGCAGCAACAGACCCAAUGCAACCAAAAAUAAAUAAUUUUAAAAAAAGAAAAGAGUUACCAAGGAGGAUGGCACCAAGACUACUCAGACAAGAACACAACACUGAAAUGGACGCCACACAAGUGCCAGGCAGAGAAAGUGUUCAUGGUGGCUCGAGGGCUUGUCCGGGAGGCUCGGGAGGACUUGGAAGGUCAGCAGGCCAAGCUGAAGGAGGUGAGGGACCGCUUGGACCGCAUCUCCAGAGACGAUAACCAGUACCUGGAACUGGCUACUCUGGAGCACAGGAUGUUGCAGGAGGAGAAGAGGCUUCGUAUGACCUAUCUGCGUGCCGAAGACUCCGAGCGAGAGAAGUUCUCCCUCUUCUCUGCAGCUGUGCGGGAAAGUCAUGAGAAGGAGCGCACUCGGGCUGAGAGGACCAAGAACUGGUCCCUCAUUGGGUCAGUCCUGGGGGCCUUGAUUGGUGUGGCUGGCUCCACCUACGUGAACCGUGUGCGGCUACAGGAGCUGAAGGUCUUGCUUCUGGAGGCUCAGAAGGGGCCUGUGAGCCUCCAGGAAGCCAUCCGAGAACAGGCGUCCAGCUACUCCCUCCAGCAGAGGGACCUCCAUGACCUCAUGGCAGACCUGAGGGGCCUGGUGCAAGCUGGGCCUGGGCAGAGCUCUUUGUCCCAGGCAGGUACUUCCCCCACCCGAGACAGAGACACAGAGGUCCUUUCAGCUGCCUUGAGAGAGCAGCUCAGCCAUUCCAGGCAGGUCCAUUCAUGUCUAGAGGGUUUACGAGAGCAGCUUGAUGGCCUGGAAGAGACUUUGGGCCAAGUGGCUGGGGUGCUUCAGCUUGCAAAGGCUGCAGCGCACCCAGGCCUGGUGGAGCCGGCAGAUGGGGCCCUGUCUGGGUCCUUGCUGGAACAGGGGAGCAUGAUCUUGGGGCUGUCAGACAUGGAGCAGAGGCUAGAAGCCCAGGUCAACAGGAACACCAUCUAUGGCACACUGGUCACCUGCGUGACAUUUGUGGCCAUCCUGCCUGUGCUGUAUAUGCUGUUCAGGGCCAGCUAGCCCCUGGACCCACCUCCAGAGGGAGGAGGUAUGGAUGUGGAUUUAGUUAGAGAAUGAAGCAAUGAAGUGAGCCUUCAGGGGUGCACUCAACCUCAGCCUGAGUCUGUGUGGCUCACCAGCAGACAUACUUUGCUUUUUAGGCAACACUCAUUUACAUUAACUAUCGAAAAUUUGUGCUAACGUCCAAUUAAAGUGUCUUUAAGUUUGUCUUAUUUAAAGUAAUUUGUUAGACUGGGUUUUGUCCAUUGAAAAUAGAGAUUUGGGACUCGAGGGUUGGGCCUGGAAGUA